UUUUCCUUCUCCAUCUCCUUCAUUGCAAAUCGUCUAUUUUUCGGCACCCGACUUGGAAGUCCUCCAGACAACACACCAUCGUUUCGCCUGUUCGUUCAACCACCAAUAAUGUCUAGCGAGGAAUUCAAACCCUUUUUCAACAACCUUAUUUUAGACGGCGUUCCCUAUACCCAGGCUCUUUUUGAGGCGUCCCUCGCGACACGAUACUAUAAUGAAAUCCCGCCAGAGCUAUUCAGCCGUUUCAACACAUACCUCAUUGACAGAGCCAACAGAGAAAGCACCCACGCCAGCCCUGGCCAGAUCAGCAGCAAUAGCGGUGGCCCUCCCCUCAGCCCUUUUAGGUCCAGAGUAAGCAGCGUUUGCUCCCCCCGCACGCCAUCCGGUUCUCAGGCCCUGUCUCUGGACCUCAGUGACAUGAGCUGCCUUCCGUCGCACCAAAGCCAGGUUAACCAGGAGCUACUCCACCGCAAGGCCACGGAUCACUGGACCAAGUACGUAGCCUGGAAGCGGGAGAAGGAAAAGCAGCCAAAGUCACGGCCAGAGAAUCUACGCCAGGGUGAGGCGGCGGCGGCAGCGGCUUCUGCUGCGCUUAGGAGACACACGAUGCCUCUAUCGUCGUUUGAGACACCUUACCGUCCACGAUUAGGAGUAGACCUAUCAACGUCGCCAGCGCCACCGUCACCGCCGUCACCGCGGCCGCAGCUGUCACAAGCAUGGAACCCUGUACCCAUGAGACCGUUUGCUGUCCCGACGGCCGCGACCCGUUUGUACAUGACACCUCCUCGACCGCCACCCGGCAGCAGACAUAAGGAUCUGGUAUGCGAGUUCGAGGCCGAAAUGAAGCAGUACCAAGACGACUGGGAGAAGUUCAAGGAGGCUGAAGAGGAGGCGAACCACCGCAGGGUGGCUCUAGGGAAGAGGAACCUCCGCCUCAUUGAGCUCCUCGUUAGCAUUGAGGCGCUCCCUGAAGGUCAUACAGACUAAAUAGCGGGCGGUUAGACGCGGAGGAGGAGCAAGGAUACGGUAAAACGCCACAAGCCACCACUGACUUCGAGGGCCCAGUGCUGCCGCAGUCCUCAUCCCUGCCCUUUGCCGCUGCUUCUUCUUGCCCUACUGCCAACACAAGCAAAGCCAGUGAAACAAGUAAAGCAGGUGAAAGUGGCCAAGAACAGUGGGUUUUCCACGGCUACCAGCCCGAUGGCACGAAGAAGCCUAGAAAACGUGGCCAGGGAGGAUCCAAGAGCGGAGGUGAUCAGCGCAGGGGUGGUUGAGGAAAUGUUCUAACCUGGUUUGUGUGUAAAUCUUUGGUUUAGUAGAGAAAUAAGUCGCAGGUCUGUGUUGCUACAGUCGAGAUACGUAGACAGGGAAACGUGGGAUCGCAUUCGUCCCAGG